GCACGCUUCAAACGCCAAAGACACGGCUUGUUCUUCGUCAUUUCCACUGGUUUGAAUUCUGCUCUAUUUCCUUCUUCGAUUUGUCAUCUCUCUAGAUUUUUCCCUUCUGCGGUUCUCCCUUUCGGGUGCCUGGUAGAUCGAUCUGAGAUUGUCGGUCGGCUGUGAAUUUACAAAUGACUAGGGGAGUUGGGGAAUCAACGAGUAGCGAGGCUUCUAAUUUUUUCAACUCUGGAAGUAAUAGUACACCUAACAAUGAUGCUGGAAGUUUUGAGUGCAACAUCUGUUUUGAAUUAGCGCAAGAUCCAAUCGUUACUCUAUGUGGCCAUCUAUACUGCUGGCCCUGCCUUUACCAAUGGCUCCAUGGCCAUGCACAUUCUUCUGAAUGCCCAGUCUGCAAGGCCGUCAUUGAAGAGAAUAAGCUAGUUCCUCUUUAUGGUCGGGGGAAAUCAUCCACGGAUCCGCGGUCUAAAUCCAAUCCCGGUGUUAAUAUUCCUCAUCGUCCUGCCGGACAAAGGCCCGCAACUGCUCCGCCCCCUGACCCUAAUCAUUUUCCUCAGGCAAAUCCAUGGUUCAUGGGUGGGGCACCUGUGGGUAGUGCGAGAUUUGGUAACUAUACUUUCUCUGCUGCUAUUGGUGGUCUGUUCCCAUUACUCAAUUUCCAGGUGCAUGGAUUUCCCGAUGCAACUACUUAUGGUCCUGGUGCUGGAUUUCAAUAUGGCUAUCCUCAUGCAUUUCAUGGUGGGCAUGCCCAUGGUUACCCCCGGCAAGUGGCUCAUGGGCAGCAGGCUGAUGUGUAUCUCAAAGCACUUUUGAUCCUGGUCGGUGCUCUUGUAAUUGCUUCUCUUGUCUGGUUUUAGUUAAUUGUAAAUUUAUAUUAGCUAUGCAUUUACGGAACCAUUCCUUUUAUGAUGUUGUGUGAACUGAAAUGUUUUCAUUCUCCUCAUAUAUGUAGAAAUCUUGAUUCAUUGCUCAUAGAAAUGAUCGGUAUGAACUCUAUUAGACAAAUUUUGGCUUGUUCUCA